AUGUUGCAACGAGAGGCGUAUCAGCUGGUGCAGCAACAGCUGCAGCAGCUGCAAAUGCGGCGGCAACAACUGCUGCAGCAGCAGCUUCGUCGAGUUGACGCAGAAUUUUCGGCUCUAUUCAAGCAGCUCGUACCUGGGGGGACAGCUCGACUCGAAUUGAUUGAAGACCCAUGCGCUACAUCAACUGGCGAAACCGCUGAGCUGAGUGGUGUCGAAAUUCAAGUGGACUUCAAUGCAGCGGGGAAAAGUGCAGAAAGCUUACCAAUGCAGCGACUGUCAGGAGGACAGAAGGCCCUGGUUGCCGUGGCAUUACUGCUUGCACAGCAAAUGGCUUCCGGCGGCGAGGGAGGCAGGGAAGGUUUGCUGCUUCUGGAUGAACCUGACUCCGCUUUAGAUGAGACUCACGCAAGACAUUUGGCAGAGGCUCUCCUCAAUUCAACUCGAAAUCUGGGCUGCCAGAUCAUUCUUACUACUUUGAGAAAGGAACUGCUGAUUUGCGGUGAUAAGUUUUGGCUCGUGCAGCAGCAUCAGAGAGCAUCUCAGGCGACGGAAAUAUCUGAACAAGAAGCGUCAGCAGUUUUCAUAGACUUGCCUCAGAUGCAGCAGCAACUGCGACAGCAGCCGCAGCACCAGCGGAUGUUGCCGCACCGCCAUCUACCAGACUGCGUAGAGUCUCGCGUGUAA